AAGAGGCGAGGCGAUAAAAGCGACGUCUUGAGAUGGCGGAAACUGCUCCUGCUCAACCACCAGCUGCGGCUACUUCAGCGCCUAAAAGCCCCAAGAAGAAGCGCGCCGCUCCAAAGGCCAAGAAGGUCGGCCCCAGCGUGUCCGAGCUCAUCCUCAAGGCUCUGGCCAGCAGCAAGGAGAGGAACGGCGUGUCUCUUCCUGCGCUCAAAAAGUCGCUUGCUGCCGGAGGAUACGACGUGGAGAAGAACAAUGCCCGCGUGAAGUUGGCCAUCAAGAAGCUCGUGGCCAAAGACGCCGUGGCGCAAGUGAAGGGCAGCGGCGCGUCUGGCUCUUUCAAACUCAACAAGGAAAAGGCUGCCGCAAAGGCGAAGCCCAAGUCGUCAACGGCAAAGCCCGCAGCUAAAAAGCCCGCGGCAGCCAAGAAGGUGAAGAAGCCCGCGGCAGCCAAGAAGACCGCGCCCAAGAAGUCUCCCAAGAAAGCAAAGAAGCCCGCGGCUGCCAAGGCGGCCAAGAGCCCCAAAAAGGUGAAGUCGGCUGUUAAGCCCAAGAAGGCGGCGAAGAGCCCAGCCAAGCCCAAGGCUGCGAAGCCCAAGGUCGCUAAGCCCAAGACCGUCAAGGCCAAGGCCGCCAAACCCAAGGUGGCCAAGCCCAAGAAGGCCGCGGCCAAGCCCAAGAAGACUGCGCCAAAGAAGUGAAUCCGAUGGGACGACCGACGCUCGAUUCACUCCACCUCAACGGCUCUUUUCAGAGCCACCCACUUCGUUAAAAAAGUGAACCAGAUGCUGCUGCGCUUCAAUUAGUUCAAAUUAACUGUGUAACAUUUCACCCACUCGAUGUGUUUUAAGCAUUGAUGUGAUGGGAGUGAUCGAGCCCGAAAGCAGGGAUCACAAACACAGGCGAGGCGGGUGGCAGCUCCCUCACUCGAACUGAGUGCAGAGUAAUCUCAGCGACGUCAGCAUUCUCGCUGGCGAUUCUAAUCUAAAUCCAGAUUCAAAAUGAUGCAUUCUUGACGAACA